GCUACGUUUACUGUAUCUAAAACCGACACUCGUGGAACAAGAUUGAACAAGGUUCUCGAAAACCAAAGGAAAAGUUCAUUGAUUCUAGCUUUUAGGGCAGCAAUUUUUGAAUCUCAUGGAUUCACUUUCUGAAAAUAAUCAACUCGUGAUUCUCGAAUUGAGAAAUUCGUACUUGACUGAAUCAGAAAUCGAUCCGAAAGAAAUUUCUAUUUCAACCUCAGAGAUUUCUACUUGGACUAUUCACUCAGUUCUUAGCUCUGAAAUCGUUAGAAUUCAAUCAGAGCGUAGUCGGCUUAUUCGGGAAUCUUCAUAUUUCCGUGGUCUACUGACUGGAAAUUUUAGUGAGUCGAGUCAAGAUUGUGUUUCAGUAGAGUGGAAUGUGGAGACAUUUAUUGAUGUUUUGAAGCAUAUCUAUGGAUGUUUUCUGGAUAUUACCGCGAAUAAUUUCAUCUUACUACUUGAGGCUGCAAUCUUUUUUGGUGUGGACGCUCUUUUAUUGGAGUGCAAGACAUGGUUAACUAAGGAAACAACUACGAAAUGGCUUCCUUCAAUGCAAAUGGAUUUGGAAUUUGUUAUUAACAGUUGGAAUUUUGGCUCUGAUCAUGCGAUUGACUUUAUUCCAGAACUAUGCGCUGGAUAUCUUGCACGAAAUUUUAUGUGGAUUAUAUCCUCUAGUUCUUUCGUUAAUGUUCCCUAUAAGUUGUUAUAUCAUUGCGUUGAACACCCUCAUUUAACUGUAGAUAGUGAAAAGUGUCUGGCUGAAGCGAUAUUAGUUUGGAUUGACAGUAACAAUGUACUAUGGCAAUGUUCUGAUAGAAACACUAAAUAUGACUGCCUUGAAAUUCUACAAAAGGUCCGCCUGACUCUUUUGCCUCUUGAUUUUGCUGCAGGGAAGAGAAGAAAUUUGUACUUUUCAAUGCUUGCUGAAGAAAGCAUUCGUGCAAUUGUUAGUAUGAUAAAAGAUCCAUCCACAAGGCAAGCAUUUAAAGAUGCCGAACUCCGUAACAUCAGGAUACGCCUUACUAAAUAUACCGAGAGAAUAGUCCUUUCAGGAUGUCCCCAGAUAACGUUGGCUUCUCUGCUCCUUUCUGUGCUUCCUUCUUUGUGGAAUAUGGACCCCUUAAUUAGAAAGAAAUAUGAAGACUCUAUUACUGAUCUUCACAACCUUCAACGUUAUCCUUCCCGGAUCUCGAAAUUUCCAAUAUUACCUUUUGAAGCAGUACAGGAGGUUGACAUAUCCAAAUGUCCAGGGCUACGUGUUGAAGCUGUCAUCCAAUGCUUUUCAAAGUCAUUCCCAUCAUUGAGACGGUUGAAUGCGUCUCAUUGUUUCAAAUUUGGGGUGUCUACCUUGUUUGACUUGGUAGAAAAAUGCCCUUUAGUUGAAGAAGUUGACCUCACUGCUGAUAUCAGUCCUGCCUUACCAACACUUGAAUCAACAACUUCAUCUGCAACGGAGAUGUACCAUGAUUCCUAUGUAGCUUCAUAUUUCAAGAAAGGAGGAUUAUUAUUAUCAAAGCUGACACUGGAGGGACGUAGCAAUAUUAUCGAUCUAGGUCUCCAAAGUAUCUCGGCAUUUGCUCUCUCCUUAUCUUUCCUGAACCUUAAAGGGUGCACUUCAGUAACAGAUUUAGGAAUUUCAAGACUUAUCUCUCAGUGUGAAAACUUAAAAUCUCUUAAUGUUGCCGAUACUUAUUUUGGGGGAAGAUCAAUUUCAGUGCUCAUCUCUGAUAACCCUCGCUUAAAAGACUUUUCUGAUGCAUGUGAUGAACAUAAGCAUUCAAGUUCACUGGCCUUCCGGCUUCAAGAGCUGAAUAUUGAAGGUUGCAUGAGUGUGGAUGCAACAUCUCUAAUGCAGCUUAUGAGUGCCACAUACUUGCUGAAGAGCAUGAAUCUAAGGAAGUCUUCCCUUAAUGAUGAUGCUCUUAAUAAUUUCAUGGGAUCUUCCUUGAAGAGUCUUGACGUUUCCGAUACGAUGGUAUGUGGAGUCUCUUUAGCUCAGAUUGUUCGAAGAAAUCCUGAUUUGAAAAUUCUAAAAGCAAGAGGUUGUAGGAACUUGUGCGACCAAGAAGGAGGUGAUCAACUGCAUAUAGAGUUGAAAAGAAAUUGUUCACUGGAAGAAGUUGUAUUCGGGUGGGGAUUUCCAUUUAACUCCAUGGAAACUCUUGGAGCUGCUAUCAAGUCACUUAAGGCCAUAACAGUUGGUCUCGGUGCAUCUUUAGGCGACUAUGGGCUCAAGCUACUACCUAAGCUUUGUCCAUUGCUUGAAUCAAUCAUUCUUAACUUUCAGGUAAUAUCUGACGAUGUUGUGAUUAAUCUUUUGGAAUCCGUAAGAUGUCUUCAAGUCAUGAAACUGUGCUACUGCCUUGGAGACUUGUCUCCAGUUAUCUUCCAGUGCAGUGUGCCAAACUUAAAGGUAUUGAAUUUAGAAAGGGUAAUUCCAUGGAUGACAAAUGAGGAUUUGGUAAAUUUGACUAAGAACUGUAAAAAUUUGGUUGAACUAUCAAUAUCUGGAGGUGCACUUCUUGAUUCAGAUUCUCAGCACAUCAUUUCAUGUGGAUGGCCAGGUCUAAUUUCCAUCCAUUUAGAGGAAUGCGGAGGCAUAACAUCAAAUGGAGUGUCUUCCUUUUAUGACUGCAAAGCUCUUGAAGAUCUCUUGCUGAGGCAUAAUGGUUGUGGAAUUCAAAGUAAUUUUAUUUAUGAAGCUUCUUCAAAGUUGCCUAUGCUUCGUAAAGUUGCUUUAGAUUUAUGUGAUGCCAAUGAAGGUUAUUUUGAUACCCCAAGUUAUUCGGAAAGAUCAUUCUUGAGUAUCAUCAAAAUAGCAAGAUGUAAGCCACAGAGAUGUUCAUUUGACCUCCUACACUCAAACUCUUGUAGAAAGUCGGUGCACAAGGAGAGCAUAGUUGUGGAGUUCAGUGCUAAUGGUCUCAGGACAACAACUAUGAAAGAAAGAGUAUAGCAAGAUCAUAAAUGUAUUGUAAAUACUGUAACUUUAGCUUCUACAUCAUGGAACUUCUCGUCCACUGUCCAUACCGAUUCCUCCUUGUAGAUCUGAUGUCUGAUGGUCCAAUCUUGCCAUGGGAGUGCUGAACUUCAGUUCCCCCGGAAGUCGGUAUAACUUUAGCGUAAGUAACGGUCUCAUGACUCUCAUUAGAAUU